AUGGUCUCUCUGACCCGAUUCCUCCCUCAGUCUGCGGACCCGGGGGGAUACCAGUAUGGCGUCAACGUACUAUCUCCUGGAGUCGACCCCGUUGUUGAUAUUAUUCUCGUUCACGGCCUUGGCGGAGACCCUUUCAAGACUUGGACUUAUUCCGGCGGCAAGAAGGAACCCACGGUACUAUGGCCCCGCGAUCUUCUUCCACUCGAAAUUCCGGAGGUUAGGGUCUUGAGUUAUGGGUAUGAUACGAAAGUUACAUCGUGGUUUGAGGGGGCAACAUCGAAUAUGAUUCACCAUCACAGUGAGACGAUGAUUUCGAGGUUGCACAAUUUUCGAAGUAGGAAAAUCGAUGGGAAGAAUUCGACGGAACGGCCGAUAAUUUGGAUUGGGCAUUCCUUGGGUGGGAUUCUGAUCAAGAGAGCCUUGAUAUACUCUAACAGUUGUGGAGUCGACCAUAACGAACGUCUUCGAUCGAUCAAAGUUUCCACUCAGGGGAUCCUCUUCAUGGGGACUCCGCACAUGGGCUCCGAUAUAGUACGAUGGGCAUCACUCGCUCGUAAACUUCUACUGUUCUUCCCCGGUGUAAAACUCGAUAGUACAAUGCUGUCUAUGCUCGGCCAGAACUCAGAAACUUUGCAGAAUAUUAACACCUUGUUCACCGGAAUUGCGUCGUCGUUUGAAAUUGUAUACUUUUAUGAGGAAAUAGAGACGGUACUGCCUACUGGUCAAAGAGAAGUUAUUGUACCAUACUCAUCCGCCAUCGUCGACUCCCCGAAUACAGAAAAGAUUGGGAUUCACGCUACUCACCAUACGAUGAUAAAAUACAAGGAUGAAUCCUCGCCUGGUUACUCUGAUGUUGCUGGAAUCCUUCGCCAAAUGGUAGAUAACGCUCUAACUUUCGCCCCGGGGCGCUGGGAAUCUGAAAGAAGAUCAGCUGUAGCCGCCACGGACGAAAAGAUUAAGGAAAUCCUCGUUCAGCGAGGGAGCCCACGAAGACUAUCGGGGUUUCAGAGUAUUCCGGGACCUGUUGAAGUCGAAGAGAUGGAUUCUGGGAGUAGUAUUGGAGCGGGGCCAUCAAAACGUCCCGUCGUACCUCGACUUGAAGAAUACUCCCCAGAGUCUAGUAUAAUACUUCCUCCAAGCCUCCCAAUAUUCGCCGUACCCCUCCACCCCAACGAAUCUCCAGUUACCCGCGAAUAUCUGCUUCACGAACUCGACCACAUUCUCUUAGCCGAAGACCGCCGCUCAAAAGGUAACGCAGGGCUUCUCCUCUGGGGACCUCCAGGAUCCGGCAAAACACAUCUAGUCCGAGAAUAUGUCUUCUCCCGCCGCUCAACCUACGCCGGCGGUAUCUUCUGGGUUAACGCUCAAACUCCAUCUUCAAGAAUAGAUAGUUUCCGACAUAUCUACAAGAAACUAAAUCUUCCUAGUGCGGUCAUGCAGGAUAUAACUACGCCGCAUGCGGAUCGCAGUGGAUUGGAUCUAUGUACUUGUAGGGUACUGGAGUGGAUGGAACGGAAUGAGAAUUGGUUGUUGGUACUUGAUGGUGCUAAUGCGGUUACUGAGACCGAAAUUGAUGAGUUGAAGGCUUGUAUGCCGACGAGUCGGGGGAGUAGUAUAUUGUUGACUUCGUUGAAUCAAUCGCUGGAUGGACAAGCAAGGUUGGGAGCACCGGUUGGGUUUAAGAUACCACAGAUGACUAUGAAAGAAGCGGUUUCGAUAUUACUCACCGAAGCAAAGAUCGUGGAUCCGACACCACAGGAAGUCAAAGUUGCACAGGAGUUGGUGGAAUUGUUGGACUACUUAAUCGGUGCUAUUCACAUCGCCGCUUGUUACAUUGCUGAACGACAGGUUUCGAUAUACGAAUAUUUGAGGGGGUACAAAGAACAUCCAAAAGUAUCUGGGGAUGGAUGGAGUCCACUCGCCAUGACGUUGGAUACGUUGGAGACGAAACAUCCCGAAGCAGCAAAUUUGCUGAAACUGAUAUCGUAUUUUGGAACGGACAUACCGACACUUCUGAUUCACUGGGGGUUGGAAGCACUACCGGCUCAAGUAAGGGUUGUGGCGAAAGAGGAAGAUGGCAUAUUCGAUUUCAACCUUACGAUAAAACAUUUACUCGCCUUUAGCCUGGUACGCAGGACCCACCAAAAUGAAAGGGAAGAUGGGAAGGAGUGGAGGGUGGACAAGCUACAUUUACAAAGUGUGAUUCAGACCUAUGUGAGGCAAAGGCUCAACAGCCAAGCAGAGGUCGGGCAGGCGUGGGUUAAAUUCGCCGCUUUGGUGUUUAGACACGCUUAUGAAAGGGCUGAAAAACAGAGAGGCGCAAACGGGAGUAUCUACAUCAAGGAUUAUGAAGAGUUUUCAAGACAUGGUGAAGCACUGAUGAACCAUAUGCGGGAGGGGAAAGUCAGCAGGAAGUCGAUUCGGACAACAGUGGAAAUGGCAAAGCAAGUGAUCGAAGAACAGAACAAGGCCCAAGAAGCAGGGAAGUUGGUGGAUUUACCAGUGCGGUCUAUAUGGGGUCGAACAGACACGGAAUCCCCUGAGGCGGUUUAUGCAUCUCGAAGGUCGACAUUUAACGACAGUAGCAGUGUGACCGGAUCUUCACUGAGCGCCAGCACUCUAUCCGAACUAUCAAAGGGCAAUGCAUUUUCAGUAGGGAAUAAUAGCAAAGUCACCCAAGAAGAGGAGCAAAAAGUAGACAAAACCCCACCGGCACCAGCCGUAGUGGAACCCGUAGCGUCUGCGCCGAAGAACGAUCCCCCAACUUCAAUGCUAUCCAGAGUCUCAACUUCUACCACAAUUCAAGGAUCCACGGCAAGUGUAAAUAUUGGGAAGCAGAGGAAUAGGCUCCAAAGACGGCCAAGUCACAAAAGUUACAGAUCUCGCAAAGGAAAGGAAGUCGACGAACAGUUGAGAUCUCCCAAGGAAGCACCAGCACUGACCAUUCCGACAUCUGCCACCAUUGGUACUCAGACGCAGCCAACAGCUAUAGGGACGGCGACUAUUAAACGACAAGUCUCUGCUCCCUAUCCAAUAUCAUCGCCUUCGGGAAACGGGGAAAAUAAUCCUUUCGUUAUCCCCAGUUGGCCGGAUUCUGAAAACUCGCCAUUGGAAAUUCCUCUCCCGCUACCGAUGAAUAUUCCACAAGUAUACACGAACGAUCUUAUAAGCCAGUCCGCCCCAAGCAACCUUUACCAUCUUUACCAAAAGUCCGAACUACCGAACACAAACCCACCACCGCCAGCUCGAACGAUCUCAGAACCAGUUAGAGAUCCCGGCCCAAACCACCCCCUCCCGCGCACAAUCCGGCGCCGAAAAGCCAUAGACCCAAGCCCCACCCCUCCACCACAACCAAAAUCCCCUCGCCUCGACUCUGCACUAUCCCCAAUACCCCCAUUUCUAUCCACAGACCACCAUCACCUAGCAUCUCCAAUGGGCUAUUUUUAUGUCGUUGACCACCAAAAGGAAACCAAAUAUGGAGAUCAAACAGAAGAUGAAGAAGGUGAAAGCGAUUUUAUAUCCGUUACCAGCGAGCCAGGUCCUUCUAGAAUUCCUCGAAGAAAUUUAAGCCCCAACCCUUUGAUGCGCCACAAAGUACUUUACAAUACCCCAGCAUCAAGUACAGCAGUCGUAGGCCCAUCAAGGCUUAAACCCCCAGCACCACCUUCGCCUUUACACUCCCGUUCCGAGAUUUUUCUUUCAGCACCCACGAGCCCCAUUUUAUCACAUAUGAGUAGUUUUAUCACCGAUGAUGAUGACGGGGCGUCUAUGCAGCCAUCACCCGGCUCCCUAGUUGAUCUAGCAAAAACCUUUACGUCAGCCUGGGCGGGGACUUCAUUGAGAAGUCGAGGGUCAUCGGUUAGUUCUUUAGGAACGAUAUCGCCAGCAGUGAAAAUGGAAAAACGAAGGCCAGUUUCAAUAUCAAGAGAGGGGAGUCCGAGUCGAGGUAGAACCCAUUGGAGGACUAUGAUGUAG